AUGGGCUGCGGCAGUUCCAGGGAAGUCACCGACGAAGAACGUUUGGCUUUUCUCGGGAAGGUGGAGCUCUUCAAGCGGCUGCCACGGGACGAGCUGCCAGCGCUUGCCCGAUCUGCAGAGGAGGUUGUGUUUGCCAAAGACGACGUCAUCAUCAAGCAGGGUGCCGAAGGAGAUGAGUUCUUCAUCCUGAAGAGGGGUACAGCAGGUGUGGAGGUCAACGGUCAUCGGAUCGCCACGCUCAAGGCAGGAGAUUACUUCGGAGAGAAUGCUUUGUUGCGCGACACGCCGCGGACCGCUACCAUCACUGCAGCCAGCGAGAUCAAAGCACUGAGAAUUACUCGGGAAGCCUUUGUGAAGCUGGAGCUCCACACAAAGCUGGAGUUUGGAAAGAGAGGUGCUGUUGGUGGAGGCAAAAUGGCGAAUGCUGAAAUUAAAGCGGCCGAUCACAAGACUGACGGUGAGAAGCAGCUGAUCGCUGAGGCCUUGAAGAACAACGCGAACCUGAACAUGAUCGCCAGCCUCGAUGACGAGAAGAUUCGGGCCAUGGUGAAGGUCAUGUGGAAGGAGGAGGUGCCCAAAGGAACCGCCCUCAUUCAGCAAGGCGACCUCCAGGCCGACUACUUCUACGUCGUCCAGUCGGGCAGUUUUCAAGUUUCCAAGACCGAGAGCGCUGCCAGUGCCGAGAAGGUGAUAUCUUCCGCCAGCGCCCUGGGAACGAUCGAGGCCGGCGGCAGCUUCGGGGAGUUGGCCUUGUUGUACUUCGCGCCCCGGGCGGCCACCUUGACGGCCACAGCAAACGCCGUCGUUUGGGUCACCGCACGUCAACAAUUCAAAGAGCUCCUCAUGAAGGCCAACGAGACAGAGAUUCAGGAGAACCUCAAGCACGUCAGCCGCUGCGAUUGCUUUUCUCCACUCAAGGAGACCGAGAAGAAGGAGUUAGCAGCAGCGAUGAACGAGAUGACCUUCAGCAAGGAUGAGCUGGUCUUCGAGCAGGGUGAGCGCGGAACACAGUUCUUCCUCCUUGUGGAAGGCGAGGUCAGCGUGGUCAGGGACGGCAAGGAAGUCACCAAGAUCAAGGCCACCCCAGAGAAGGCGCCAUACUUCGGUGAGAAGGCACUGCUCGAGGACGAGCCACGAGCAGCUACCAUCAAAGUCCUCUCCAAUGUGGCCAAGACGCUGGUGGUCGACAAAGAAUCCUUCGAGAUCCUCCUUGGAUCCUUGCAGGAGCUCACGAGGCGUGGCAAAGACGGCACGGGCUCCGUGAAGCGAGCGGUGCCCGUCACGGCGGCCGCUCAAAGCGCCAGCUUCGGGAAGAUCAAGUUCAAGGAUUUGAAGAAGCUUGGCUUGCUGGGCUGUGGUGGUUUUGGCGCAGUUGAAAUGGUGGAGGAUCUCAACACAGGAGAGACUUACGCACUAAAGGCUUUGAGCAAGGGAUACGUGGUGAAAAGUGGAAUGCAAAGCAGUGUCAUCAGCGAGAAGAACGUUCAGCUGCUAUGCGAUUCUCCCUUCAUUGUGAAGCUUUACGAGACGUUUAACUAUGACCAGUCUUUGUACUUUUUGCUGGAACUGGCCUUGGGCGGCGAGCUCUAUGCCACCUACAACAAGAAAAACUUCUGGGGAAAUGAAAAGUGCGGGAAGUUCUACGUGGCCGGCACUGUCUUCGCCUUCGAGCACCUGCACAGCAAGAAGAUCAUCUUCCGGGACCUCAAGCCAGAGAACCUCCUGCUCAAUGACAAGGGCCACGUGAAGCUCACAGACAUGGGCCUCGCAAAGGUGGUGCCUGGUAAGACCUUCACAACUUGUGGCACUCCUGACUAUUUCGCUCCGGAGCUUAUCGCAUCCAAAGGCCACACCUUGGCAGUGGACUGGUGGACACUCGGAAUCUUGACCUUCGAGCUCUGCUCGGGUCAUCCACCCUUCGAGUCCGCCACGCCAAUGCAGAUCUAUGCCAAGGUCCAGAAAGGGAUCAACAAGGUCAUUUUUCCGAAGAAGCUCAAAGGCAACAUCGAAGCCCUUGUCAAGGGACUUUGCAACGCAUCUCCUAGCGAGCGAUUGCCGAUGAAGAAAGGAGGCACACAGAACAUCAAGACGCAGGCAUGGUUCAAUGGCUUUAACUGGGAGGAUUGCGCCAACUUCAUGAUGACCGCGCCGCACAUUCCGAUGGUGAAGGGCAAGAAGGACAUUGCAAAUUUUUCUCCGAACAAGGAAGAUAUGCCACCACAGAUUCCUUAUAAGGAUCCAAAGACAGGUUGGGACAAGGACUUUGCAACGUCCACAUGA